CUCGUGCAGAAAGUUUCCAUCGGCGCGAGUCCAGGACGCCACACCGGCCAGCCAGCCAAAGACGACCCGUUAGUCACAUACCAGCACUACAUUUCAGCCCAGUACCACGCGCUUGGUCCACAGGACAGGAGGCCCGGAACCCGAACCUCUCCCCUUCCUUCCUCCUCCCCCGCCCCUCCUCUACGGCCCCCGAAGCGGAGCCCCUCCGACUGAUGCAGACGCCGGCGACCACCUGCGGGGCCCACGCGCCCGCCUUCGCUCCAUUCCCCCGCCACGCCGCCCCUCCUGGAAGCUUCAGGAAGCCCUGUCCUGGGUCUUCUCGGCGGGCGCCAGGGCUCCGGCUCGUCGCUCCCAUGGCCUCCACCGUCAACUCGCCGGGGAGCUCCUCCGACUUCGCCAAGCGCAUCGAGCGCGCCUGGCUCAUCUCCCAGCAACCAAGACCAAUUUCUUGCUCUUCCUGUCAAUCUGCUGGCCAUGUGGAGUGCAAGUGGUGUGCAGGCACAGGUUUCUUUAUCCUUGGCAACAACAUGUUGUGUGAAGUACCCUCAAGAAAUACAACAUGCGUGAUAUGCUCUGGAAAGGGUAUUGCAAGUUGUGCUGAUUGCCAAGGGACUGGGUUUCGUGCCAAGUGGCUUGAAGAGCCUCCUGUUGACAAAUGAGCUAAGGAAAUCAAUCAUAAUGUAAAUUUUACCAUUUCUCAGUAAAAUAGCUAAUUGUAUGAACCUGUGUCCAUAUUCUCCAUAUGCAACUAUGGCACUACUAUUUUCAUGUAACUGCAUCAGUCCCAUGCCUAUGGUGACAUGUUGUUAAUUACUCUACAUACCAUUUCUAUAAGAAUAUGAGUAGCGAGAGGUAUUUCUCACUCUAUCUCGCAGAUUUUACCUCUGUA